GAGAAAAAUGCGGGCAAUUUUGAUGGGGUAUGUAUGAAUGAGGCCGCAUAUUCACAUUCAUUCAUUAAUUUAGGUGUUGCCACAGUAUUUCGAUGAGUGUUCUACUCUAAUCGUCUUCAAUUUCAGAUAACACAUUACAGAUUCCAUUCUUUUCUCCUAGCCCACAUUCUCUGCUGACUUUUAUUGAAUCUUGAGAAAUGGGGAGGGUGUUUGUGGUGAGUCUUGAAGGGAAGAUCUACAGUUGCAAGUACUGUGGGACCCAUCUUGCUCUCAGUGAGGACAUCGUCUCCAAGACGCAACAGAACUUAUAUCGUACAUAUUUCUAAUUCAACAAGGUAUGCGGCACAGCUUAUUGAAUCUAGAAAUAUGUUGUAAUCCGUGAAUAGAAGAAAGAUAUGAUGCGAAAGAUCCUUGAUUCAUCAAUCCAACGGCUUCAUAGAGGAUUUGCGGCUAAAUCCACAGCGUCCCGUGAUCUCGAUGGGGAAAAGAUGCAAUUUACACGCACACCCACGAUUGAUUUCAGCUGCAUACGCUGCGCAGAUGAUGCCGUUCGUUUGUUUCGCGAAAUGAUUGCAUUGUCGCCGCAGCCUUCCAUCCCUGCAUACAACAAGCUGUUGAGUAUUACGGUCAAAUUGGGGGAAUACCGAGUUGCCUUCUACAUGUUCGACAAAAUGCGCCGAUGGGGCUCCCAAUUAAAUUUGUGCUCGAUGGGUAUCGCAAUCAAUUGCUGCUGCGUUCUACAUCGCGUAGACUUAGGGUUUGCGAUUUUGGGCAGCUUGUUCAAGCUCGGUUGCGCACCGAAUCUCACGAUCUUCAGCACUCUUUUGAAAGGGCUGGUUUUAGUUGGCAAGAUUGGUGAGGCAGAAGCGUUGUUCAGAAAGAUUCUGGCUUUUAAACUGUGCAAUCCCAACGAUGUUAUGAUUCUAACCGUGAUGAACGGGCUGUGCAAGAACGGGCAAAGUCGAACUGCCCGUGAUCUUCUUCAGGUAAUGGAGAAAACUAGCCUUAAGCCUAAUGUCAAAGCUUAUAGUGCCGUGGUUGAUGGUUUGUGCAAGAAUUCAAACGUUGAUGAUGCUAUGUUGCUUGUUUCUGAAAUGAUUAAAAAGGGCGUUUCGCCCAACAUUAUCACGUAUAACUCGAUUAUUAAGGGCUUGUGCAACUUAGGUAGAUGGGAUGAGGUGAAAUACUUGUUAUUAGUUGAAAUGGUAGAUCGUAAAGUGCCUUUGAUCACUUUUAAUACAUUGGUCGAUGUGUUGUGCAAGAAGGGGAAGUUGGAUGAGGCUGAGGAUAUUUUGCAACUUAUGGUAAGAAUAUAUGUUGGUCCUGAUAUAUUCACAUACACUUCUCUGAUAUGUGGAUAUUGCUCGAGGGGGAGAGUGGAAAAGGCGAAAGAAGCAUUCGACUCCAUAGCUAAGAAGGGUUUUAGGCAUAACAUCAUGAGUUAUACCAAUAUGAUAAAUGGAUAUUGCAAGAUCAGGGAUGUGGAUGAAGCCCGGCUUCUCUUUGAUGAGAUUCCGAAGAUUGGGUUGAAGCAUAAAUCCGUUUCUUAUAACAUCAUGAUACAUGGGUAUUUCGGUGCAGAUAGAUUUGAUGAUGGGUGGAGGCUUUUCAACGAGAUGGAAGCUUCACAAGUACGUCCUGAUUUGCAUACUUAUAACAUCUUGAUGGAAGGUUUAUGUCGAAAUCUGCAAGUUACUGAUGCAAUCCAAAUUCUGAGAGUGAUGAAGGAGAAAGGAGUUGGUUGUGAUAUAGUGACUUAUAAUAUCCUCAUGAAUGGUCUGUGCAAGGCUGGAGAAUUUGAUGCUGCGCGGAAUCUUCUAGACCUAAUCCCAUCUGAGGGCUUGCAACUCAAUGUUCCAAUAUAUACCACUAUUAUUGGCUCUUUUUACCAAGAAGGGCGUGAUGAGGAGGGAAAGUCUCUGCUUCUCGAAAUGGAGAAGAAGGGUAUCCCGCCUAAUUAUGUGACCUACAACAGUAUCACCUCGAGUUUAAUGAAGAGAAACGAGCUUCGCAAGGCAAUGCCAUUCUUCGAGGAAAUGUGCAAGAGAGGAUUCUCGGCCUCCUGAGGUACUUUAUCCAUCCUAUUGGAUAAACUGCAAGGAGAAGAUGUUGAUGAUAGUCUCUUAGAAACGAUUAAGAAAGUUAUGCCACAAUUGACAAAUGUAUGACUCCUCUGUUUUUGCUUAGGUUGGUAAUUGUUUGUUUGUUAGAAUUAGUUAUUGGAGUAGAGUUUCAUGUGAUUCUCAUGAAACUAAGAGGUGUAAAGUUAGCAUUUGUAAUUUACAUCUCCAUGUAAAUUACAUCUUGGCGUGUAAUUUAUGAUGGAGUUUAUAAAUGAAAUCUCCAAAGAAGGUCAGAAACUUAUGCUUAA